CCUGUCCACUUCCGUGCAUCCCUCGUUGAUUCCCUGCUGAAUUCCAUCGCUGCUAUGGCUUCCACCUCUCUUCUUCCAAUGCGUCGCAUUGGACUGGCUCUUGCGGCUGGCAUUGUUCUCUUUUCUGCUUUGGCUGUCGCUCAUGAUGCUGUCUCCGUUGGCGAGCUUUCUGCAGGGCAGAUCGAAGAGGAGCUUCAGAAUUGUCCGUUGGUUGGGUCCCUCAAUGAACACAAGCGCGCGACGAGCCCCCAGACCACCAGCCUGAUGUCGAAAAUAUUCUCGGUCCUCUUCCCCGGAAGCCCAGCGGUCAAUGCAAUUCUGGCCACCAUCUACAUCUCCGGACCUCCAAACUUCCUUCUGGCCCUCUGCCCCCCGAACAUCGACCCCUCAUCCCUCUCCGUGAUGGUCGCCUUCGCCGUCGGCGGACUCCUUGGCGACACGAUCUUCCACCUCCUCCCAGAGAUCUUCCUCGGCGAAGACGCCCCAGACCACGUCCGCUUCGUGAUGGUUGAACCGAACCGCAAUCUCCUUCUGGGGCUAGGCAUCAUGGUUGGCUUCUUCACCUUCGUAGCCAUGGACAAAGCACUCCGCAUCGCAACCGGCGGUGAAGGCCACUCGCACUCGCACUCGCACACCCACACCGAAGGCCCUACAGAAGCCACAACGACCAGCAGCUCAGUCACCACCGAAACCUCCUCGACAAUCAAAAACCGCAAGUCCACCUCCACAUCCGCGCCCUCCUCCACCUCAACCACGACUACCAUAUCCACCGCCCCCGCAACCCCCUCCCCAAGCAUCAAACUAGGCGGCUACCUCAACCUGAUCGCCGACUUCACGCACAACAUCACAGACGGCCUCGCGAUGUCCUCAUCAUUCUACGCCUCCCCGACCAUCGGCGCCACGACAACAGUCGCCGUCUUCUUCCACGAGAUCCCCCACGAAGUCGGCGACUUCGCCCUGCUGAUUCAAUCGGGCUUCUCCAAACGCAAAGCCAUGGGCGCGCAAUUCGUCACCGCCAUCGGCGCCUUCCUGGGGACCUUCAUCGGCAUCGCCGUGCAGGAGUUCGGCGGAAACUCCGCUUCCGCUUCCGCUUCCGCUACCACCGGCGCAGCAUCGUCGGCAGUCGGCCUGCUAGGCACCAGUCUCACCUGGGGAGACAUGCUCCUGCCCUUCACGGCGGGAACGUUCCUGUACGUUGGCACCGUGUCCGUCAUCCCCGAGCUGCUGGAGACGAGCGGCAAGGAUAAGAAGACGGAGGUGAAGCAGAUGGUCACGCAGUUUUUGGCUGUUGCGGCUGGUGCGGGGAUUAUGCUUUGGAUCUCUUGGGAUUGAGACUUUCUCGGUUGAAAUUUGAUGGGUUGAUCUAGGGAAAUGAGAUGAGGUGUAGACCGUACAGACUCUUCAAAGAUCAUCGGUAAUAAACGUAAAAGUUAGGAGGAAU